CGAUUGCAAAGCUCAGCUCAGUGGCCCUAAGAGUGGACACACAUUGAGUUCGGAGGCUCUACGAGUAGUGCAGCAUCCAUUGCAGGGCCCGUUUUUUCUACGAGUAGCCCUGCACACUCAAUGCAGCAGGCCAUGCGGCUGCUCCUUGCAGCCGCUGCAGCCGCGCAGUGCAGCGCAAUCAGCGCUGCUGGUAAGCUGCGCUCCGUGCUGCGAGCGCCCGGAGCCGUCGUGUGCCCGGGCGUCCACGACGCGCUGUCGACGAAAGUCUUCGCCGAGGCUGGCGCCCAAGUCCCGCGCAGUGUCCAAUCGAUGCCGUGCGAAGCCCACCGACAGCACCAGCGCUGCAACCACGCAGGUGCUGUUCUUGUCGGGAUUUGGAGCAAGUGCCUGCAGGGGCGAGCCUGACGCUGGCAUCAUCACACGAGUUGAGAUGGAGGACGUCGCGCGGCAGUGCGUCCGGGCGGCCGGCGGCGUGCCGCUCAUUGUCGACGGCGACACGGGCUUCGGCGGCGCGUCGAACCUCCGGCGGACGAUCCGCGGCUUCGCCCAGGCCGGCGCCGCCGCGGUCAGCAUCGAGGAUCAGGCCUUCCCGAAGCGGUGCACAUUUGCGGCAGGCACUGGCGUCAGGGUAGUCGACCGCGAGGCGGCCGUCGCACGCGUGCGGGCGGCGCUACGAGCGCGAGACGAGUCGCGAGACGCCGGAAACGAUGUGCUCGUGAUCGCGCGUACCGAUUGCAGGGCGGCGCUGGGCCUCGACGAGGCCAUCGCGCGGUGCGCGGCCUUCGAAGCCCUCGGGGCGGACAUCGUUUAUGGCGCGUUUGCAGCGUGCGAAUACCUUCACAUUUGCUCGGCCAUCACGCCCGACGUCGCGUCGAUGGCGUCACCAGUCGCAUAAACACAGCGGAGAACCUCCAAGGCAAGGACGAAUACGCGAAGCUCCGCGACGAAAUCUCGAGUAGCCAUCUCAUGCUCGCGCAGCUCCAGCACGACGGCAUGCUCUCGCCGGCCGACGUCGCGAGUUUGGGAUUUGACUUAUCGCUAGUCGGCGUGACGGCGCUCCAGGCCUACAUCGCGACCCUUCAAAAAGCGGCGACCAGCCUCGUUGAGACCGGAACGGCACCAAACCUCGCGCCCUUCGACGAGGUCAAACGAGUCGUCGGCUUCGACGACCUCCUCGCCUUCGAGGAGGAGUACGAAACUAAAGAAUAG